AUGGAUCUGGCACAAAUUCUGAUCGAUAAUGGGGUUGAUCUAGACGAAGAGGCAGUUGUUUCUGAGCCACAGAAAGAAAGUGGUGCGAAGAAGAAGAAAUCAUCGAACAAACAAAAGAGUCAGUCUUCACAGGAACCCUCCAAGAAACAACAAACAGUGGCAGUUCAUGCUGUUACUGCUCUUGCUGCUGCCCCAGCUACUGUUCCUACCACCCAAACUCCUACCAGUGUUUAUGCUGGAAAACUACCUUUGUGCAACAAGUGUAACUUCCAUCAUCACGGACCCUGCCGUGAGUUGAGUUGCAACAGGUGUGGGAAGAAGGGUCACACACCUCGAUACUGCAAGGUGCCUGUCCAACCCACCAACCAAACCAUGGGAGCAGGUGCCGGUGAAGCUUGUUAUGGAUGUGGAGAGGUUGGGCAUUUCAAGAGAAAUUGCCCCAAGGCAACGACUGGUGGAAAUACAGGGAGAGUUUUGGCAAUGGGCUAG